CUACCAUGGCUCCAUUAUUCAAAAUUCCUCCUGGCGAGAGCAAUGCGAGAGUUCGAAUUAUCGACAGCACGGCGCGCAUUGGUGGCAUACCCACCACAUUCUUCUUUACGCCUGACAGUGCCGUCGAAGGCUUUACCCACAUGCCCACGAUACCAUGCUGGGUUUUCUUAAUUGAGCAUUCCUCAGGGAAGAAGGUACUGUUCGAUCUGGGAGUUCGUAAGGACUGGAGAAACCUCUCGGUGGGGCUAAGGAUUGGUGGAUAUGGCUGGGAUAUCCAAGUCGACAGGGAUGUCUUAGAGAUUCUUGCCGACGAGGGUAUCGCUGCCAAGGAUAUUAAUAGUAUUAUUUGGAGUCAUAUGCAUUGGGAUCACGUUGGGGAUCCAUCUUUAUUCCCAUCAUCGACGGAACUGGUCGUUGGACCAGGCUUCAAGAAAGCCUUUGUUCCUGGCGCCCCUGCCAACCCGGCCUCUCCAAUUCUUGAGACCGAUUACAAAGACCGUGAACUUCGGGAAAUCGAUUUCGAUCAGGAUAUAGGCUUGAAGGCCGGCCAACUAAAGGCUUUUGACUUUUUCGGAGACGGCUCCUUCUACCUUCUGGACACACCAGGCCAUACUAUCGGCCACUUGGCAGGCCUCCUCCGCACCACCACAAACCCAGACACUUUCAUAAUGAUGGGUGGUGAUUUGUGUCACCAUGGCGGGGAGCUUCGCCCAUCUCCACACCGCCCUCUACCCGCUGAAAUCAACCCUCAUCCAUGGGCAAAUAUGCGGCCCAGAUUAUGUCCAGGUGGGGUUUUGGAGGAUCUACAAGAGAAGCGAGGCCGAAACAAGGACCAGGCCUUCUUUGAUGUCGCCAUGGGGAUGGAUAUCCCCGAGGCUCAACGAACUAUCCAUAAGACACAGGAAGCUGACGCCAGUGAUGAUAUCUUCUUUAUCUUUGCUCACGAGGAUAAUGUGAUGGGUGUUAUUGAUAUCUUUCCUAAGGAGGCUAAUGAUUGGAAGGAAAAGGGCUGGGGGGAUCAGACGCGAUGGGGGUUUCUUAAAGAUUUUGACCCUGCUGUAGGAAACGACUCACGUCUUAAGUGA